AUGCCCUCCAUCCUCGAAGACCCCAACAACAAGAUUCCCCCUCCACAUGCCUCCCUCCAAUCUUCCAAAACCCUAACCCACCGCAAAGCUCAAUUGAAAGAUGGCUCCCCCGUAACCCUCUACCCCGUCGCAAACGGACCCCAAAGCAUCCCCGCUGACCUGGUGGCCCUCCUGCACCAGGAAUUCAGCGAGGAGAUCAAGGCCGGCUGCACGUAUCCCAUGGAGGAGCCGAUGGCGUUGGAUCGGUUCGCAGAGUACUGGUUUGGGACGUUUGCGGUAGUGGCGGUUCUCGGGGAGGAGGAGGGUUUGAGAGAGGGGCGGGAUUGGGAGAAGGAGUGCCUGGGAACGUUUUAUAUCAAGCCUAAUUAUCCUGGUCGGUGUUCGCAUGUCUGCAAUGCCGGAUUUUUGACAACAGUUGCUGCAAGGAAUCGCGGUGUUGGUAUUGUGAUGGGGGAGACGUAUUUGGAUUUUGCGCCCAAGCUGGGCUACAAAUACUCGGUUUUCAAUCUGGUCUUUGAAAACAAUGUCGCAUCGGUCAAGAUCUGGGAGAGGCUGGGUUUCAAAGUCAUUGGGCGCGUGCCUGGUGCAGCACGGCUGGCCAAUAGCUCGGAGUUGGUGGAUGCGUUGAUCAUUGGUCGGGACUUGGCUUAG